UCCGUUUCCGACCCACAUCAACCGGCAUCGGCUCUCGGGAGGAAAUUCUGUGCUGUGGAAAGAAACGAAAAACACGGUCACCUCGCUAGAACCGAGCUCACUUAAAAGAUUGAUCGGCCCCCAUCGGGCCACGGUGCCUGACUCAGUUUUCUCGAAACCCGUCUUCGAUUAUCCGCCAUAGGGAAGCUCUCCAGGCGCAGAGUUUGAGCUGUAAAGAUGAGCCAAUUCCCCGCCGAGAAGUACGCAGUCGAGGCCGAGGAUGCUUCCUCGAUCUCGGACCAAUUCGCCGGGACUCCUUGGCGCGAGUCCCGGACGGAGUACCCAGACCCCCAUGAUACCAUUGAGCUGGAACGAAUCAACACUUAUCGCCUGCAACAGCAACUUACGGUCGGAUCUAAUCGCAGCCGAACCCCGCGUGAGCAAUGGCUCCCGAUGGGGGCCGGGAAGCCCUAUCCGCCCGCCCUUCCGGACUCGGAGGCUUAUGUGGUGGAGUUUGACGGAGCGGAUGAUCCUAUGCAUCCCCAGAAUUGGCCUCUCAAGCGGAGAAUCAUGAUAGGUUCUUUGUUGACCUUCUGUGCCCUGGUCACUGCAUUCGUCAGUGCCGUCUUCGCUACGGCAGCUUCAAAGGCCGAGAAGGCCUUUGGCUUCGGUUCUGAAGUCGCCGCUUUGGGCACGACGCUCUACGUACUUGGGUUCUCUGCUGGCCCCACCGUCUGGGCUCCCAGCUCCGAGUUGCUCGGUCGACGAUGGCCAUUGAUGAUCGGAAUGUUUGGAUUCGACGUCUUUACCAUCGCGUGUGCGACCUCCAAGGAUACGCAGACCGUCAUGCUGACUCGCUUUUUCUCUGGUUUCUUCGCCGCGAGUGUCAUCGCUCUGGUGCCAGCCAGUCUCUCUGAUCUGUUCAACAAUCAGCAACGAGGAAUCGCGAUCGCCAUGUAUACGGUGUCUGUCUUCAUGGGACCAUUCACAGCACCUUUCAUCGGUGGCUUCAUCGCCGAGAGUUAUCUCGGUUGGCGUUGGACUCUCUAUUUGCCUGCCAUUGUCGGGUUCUUCAGUCUGGUAUUGAUGAUUGUUUUCUGUGAAGAGACAUAUGCCCCUAUUAUUCUGGUACAGAAGGCAGCUAUUCUCCGACGCCAGACCCGGAACUGGGGCAUUCACGCACGCCAGGCUGAAUUGGAAGUUGAUUUCAAGGAGCUGGUGACGAAGAACCUGGCCCGUCCGUUCCUGAUUCUCUUUACCGAACCGAUUGCUUUCUUGCUCACGCUGUAUAUGUCAUUCAUCUAUGGAUUAGCGUAUGCUUUGCUGGAGGCAUAUCCGAUUGUAUUUUCCGGCACUUAUGGUAUGACCGGCGGGGUUGCCGGAUUACCAUUUAUCGGGUUGAUCAUCGGAGAAAUAUCCGGCACCGCUUUUGUCCUAUCCAUGCAAGGCUCAUAUACACGGAAGUUGAAGGCCAACAACAAUGUUCCGAUCCCCGAGUGGCGGCUACUGCCAUGUAUUGUGGGUGGCGUGGCCUUUGCCGUGGGCUUAUUCUGGUUCGGCUGGACGGGUUGGAAUAAUUCGAUUCAUUGGAUGGCGCCCACGGCUGCCGGUGUGAUGGUGGGUUUCGGAAUCACCUCGAUCUUCAUGCAGGGAUUCAAUUACUUGCUGGACUCGUAUUUGCAAUUUGCUGCGUCGGCUUUUGCAGCCAACACCAUGAUGCGGUCUAUGGUCGGGGCAGUCUUCCCCCUCUUCACCGAGCAGAUGUUUCAUAACCUGGGCAUCCAGUGGGCUGGUACCUUGCUUGGAUGCAUUGCUGUGGUAAUGAUUCCAAUUCCCGUACUCUUCUACGUGUACGGACCACGACUGCGCAAGAAGAGCAAGCUGGCACCGCUCGUAGUGCCGGCGGAACAGCUGAAAGAGGCAUAAAGGGGUAGGGUGAGGUGCACCCACAGAUAACAUAGACUAAUAGACUUUUUCGUGCGAUCCCGGGCAGCCACAGCUCGGGGGAUCACUAGCGAACCAUACCCAUGAUGCUCACGAACGGAACGUGCGUUACGUUAAGAGAAUGAUAGACUCACCGUCCAUCAACUGAUGAUGUGCGAUAUCGUGACUUAAGCCAUAAAUUUUCGCAUGAGUUUACUAUGAUUUUCCUGUCAGAGAUGGGACGUCUACUCAAGACUCCUGGAGCCAUCAUAUUGCGACCCACGCACCGAGAAGAUAGGUCUGCAGCCUCUCUCUCAUCCUAGUCCAAG